UCCAGUGUCUGGUCAGCUUCUUGUCUCUGGUUUCCUCACGUGGGCAGGUUUGUGGGAGACCCUGAGUCUACGCUCCUCUCAUCUCUGGGUGAAGAAGUUUGGAGGCUGCUGGGCAGAGCAGGGUGCUCUGUUCCGGGGGAGGCCUGACGAUCAAGCAGCUGGAACACGCGGAAAGCGGAAGAUGGGCAGUGAUAACAACCAAUAUAAGAAUGGAAAGGAAGCUUAAGAACCCAGAUCCUGUACCCCAACAAGGCAAGCACCUGCAGCCCCCACUGCUCUAACAGAGGCGGAUUAAAAAAUAAAUAAAUUCCCACUUUGCAAGUGCAGCUGGUCAACAAGAAGUUCAAGUUUGUGAGAAGAAGGCUGUACCUGACUGGCCAGGAUCUCACCCAAGACAUCACCCACUGUCAGGGGCCAGCCAGCCAGUGCCCACAGACCAUGCAGGGGAGCAAGAAAGGCACAGAUGCGUUCAGUGAUACCUCCAGCAUUGGCAGUGUGCUGGAUGAUGCAGACAGAGAGGUGAGUAACCUGACAGACAGGGCAUUCCGGAGCUUGUGCAUUUCCGAAGACACCUCCUUCCAGGACUCUGAUCUCACCCUUUCUCCAGAGAGCAGCCGCCAGGGGAUUGGCUCUUUCCACCAAGAAACAGUGGGCCACACCCAAAGGAAGAGUGGCAUUUGGACUCAGCUUCCAUCCCAAGGCACAGAGCACACAGGCUGGGCCGCCACCUUCCAGCAGCUGCCCAAAUAUGCCCAAGGGGAGGAAAGGUACCCCAAAACCAGCCCCCCACCAAUGCCAGCCCAGAGGAGACUGGAGGUACCUGUUUCUGGUCUAAGGAGCAGCACUAAGCCCAUUUCCAAAGUCUCAUCAUUAAUCAAAUCCUUUGACAGACCUGAGAGCCAACAUUGUGACAAUAGGCCUCCUCCUAGCAAGCCUCCGGCUCUCAAAAAUCCCCCCAAGUUUGCCCCUCUCCCAGAAAGCGGUGUCAAUUUCUGUUUCGAUUCUGCCUUUUUGACUGUCAGAAGAGUGCCCGCUGAAGUCUCCAAUCCCCACCAGAGUGGCCACCAGCCUGGCAGGAACCUUGGAGAACAAGAGGCUCCCAAGAACUCUGAGAUGGCCUCUCACAGCUCUGGAAGCUUCCUCCAAGCAGAGGACAGGGCCACCAGUGCAUUUGAGUCGCGGUUCCCCUCUCCACCCAACCAGUCAAUCAAAGCUGAACCCGAAAGAAGCAAGGAGUGGGCUCCCAGAGGGACUUUUCUGCAUAGUGAAAACAGUGCUUUUGAGUCAUGGAAUGCCCACCAGCCAAAGUUGCUGGAGAGGAAGGAGGUGGCUGAAACAAUCCCAGAAAGCAAAGCUCCCAGACAUUACGAGGACAAACUUUUAUUAAGAGAGCCUCAUGCCCCCGAUCGCAAAGUCUCUCCCUGCCAGGCCCGAAGCAGCUGUACCCAGGAAGAGAACCAAGUGGCCCCAGGACCUCUGUGCACAUCGGGAUCCUGGGGGCCCAGAGACCCAGGAGCCCUGGUCUUUCCUGCUGAGGAAAAAUCUUCUGGCUCACAAUCAGAGCCUCAGGCAAAGCCAAGCCAGCCCCCGUGGAGGAAGCCAAAACCUAGCAAAGGAGGGAAGGACAAUCGCCAAGAUACUCCCGAAGAAAAGAAGCAGAGCCACAGGAGAGAGCUGCCUCCAUUCUCAAAGCACAACCCCCCAGGGCAGUUUCCAGACAAUGAUGCUCCAGACAUUUCUGGGGACCCCAGUGAGCAUUAUAGUCCUCCUUUUAAUAUCAGUAAGCUCCUGACCCCCAUCAUACCUGCCAAGCAUCCCCUGGAGUCCUCAGACCCCCAGCAGGCACACAUCAGCCCCUCCCCACCAACACAGCUAAACGGGUACCAGGAGAAGGAAUCCAGUGAACACCUGCCUCGAGACAGUUACAAAUCCAAAGCACCCAGCCUCUUGUUCAACCUCAAGGACGUGCGGAAGCGCGUCAAGAGUACCUACAGUCCCUCCCCGCUCUUAAAAGGCUUUGAUGAAAAGCACAGGGGUAAGAUGGAUAGCAAGCAAGAAGCCAUCACCAAUGGGGUGAUGCUGCCCAAUGGACUUGAGGAAAGCCCUCCAGAGGAGCUUUCAAAGGAGAGCCCAACCAAUGCCCCCAGCCCAUCUCACAGCGGUACCCAGGGGGACCCCAGUGACUCCUCCUCAGAAAUCCAUCCAACCCUCAACUCCCCUGCAACUGGCACCCAAGCCCCUUUCUGUGUCAAUGGGGAGGCUAUAGAAAGGAGAUGUGAGGAGAAAAAGGAAGCAGAAGGAGAGGCAGAACUGGGUCUUGCCAAGGCCAGUUGGCACCCAGACUCCAAGGAACAUUACCCCAGAAAGCACCUGUCACUGAAGCUUUGUGACAGGGAGCCUGAGACUGGACAGACUGCAGAGAAAACCAAGAUCCACCAAGUCGAAAAUGGGCUCUCGAGAUCCAUCUCCCAGGAGACAGAACCUGAGCAAAAGGUGGGACUUCUGGUCCCACCCUUGAGCCAGAAACUCUCCCCUGCACCUCUCUCCCCUGAGGAAGAGGAGGUCUUCUACAGUGACAGCCAGUCUGACUUCAUGCCGAGCCUUCAGAGCAAGGCCAAGGUCAGUACCAGCUCCUCAGACCAAUCGUUUGCCUCCUUUGAAGAUCAGCAGAAGUCAUGGUUUCCUGAGAGCCAGUGGGAAGACAGGAAGAAGGACAUGAGUGCAUGUGACAGUCAGAAGGAUAAGAAGAAUGUGCUAGAAAAGGUUGACCCUCCAGACUACAGCUCACAUAAUGGGGACAGGUGUGUGGAAAAGCCUAGCCAGGGUAGGGUGCUGGGAAGAGAAGGGGCAGAGCUGCCUGCAAGGAGACCCAGAAAGGCAUCCACAGAGGAAGGGAAUUUGAGAGGCUCUUGGAUCCAAGGAAAACAGGACACAUCCCUUUCUCAUGCCAACGAUGCCCUUCCCUCACCAGCUUCUGCCCCAAAGAAGCACAAGCUGUUCACCAUUAAAGACAACACCUUGAGGGCCACCCCAGUGAUAAAGCCUAUCAUCCUGCCUCUCCUAAGGACCACAUCCUCCGAGGAUGCUCUCAUCAGUGGCCACAGAGAGGAGGAACUGCAGAGGCAAGCAUGGGGGGAGGAUGCUGGUGGCCUCUGUGCCCCCCCAAAUCAGGAGAUGCCCAGCAUUCCAACAUCUGCUAGCCUACAAGGCACAUACUUGAAGCACAAGGUGGGCAAGUGCCUGGACCCCCAGCAGGUAUACAAUGGAGCCAAGAUGGAGAGCUCUGAGCAAGCUCAGAAGGGGGACUUCCCACCUGAGCUCCUGGCGGGAGGAGGGGCUUACGGGAUGUCAUCCCCAGAUGUGACACAUGAACUCCUGGCCAGUGAUGGCAAAAGCAAGGCCACAGGAGGGGGUGCACUGCCCACUCCCAGGCAUAUCCCCACCAUCACUUUCCCCCAGGAAGAUUCAGAAGCCCAGCCACCUGGUACCUAUUGGGAAGAGCAGGAAGAAGGUUCACAGACUCACUUUUUGUCUCCACCUAGAGCAGGGCUUGCUGGGAGAAGGCUGGUCCCCUGUGAGAUGGUGGCCUCUCCCUACCCCAGCUCCCUGGGCGAGAGCAGCGCCUGCUCCCCAGCUGCCAGCAGCCUCUGGGACGAUGGCUCCCAGAUCCCCAGCGACCUGGGUCUGCUGCCGGAAGAGCCUCCAGCCUCCAGCUCCUGGGCCAGCCCAAGCCCUGCCAGGCUCACCCGAAGGGAGGACCUGACGCAUGGUCUCAUGUGGGAGGCAGAUAGCUCUGAUCUCCAGCUGGAGGGAGCAGUGGAAGAUGGCCGAACUCUCUCUCCAAAGGGUGCGCUGUUGGAGAUGGCUGGCAGCUCUGCGGGCCCCUCUGAGAAAUCUGAGCAUCCAGCUUACCGGGGAAGGACAGCCAGCAAACCCCCGGCAGUCCCACCCAAGACGGAGAAGGCCCUGAGGAGGGCCAAGAAGCUGGCCAGCAAGCGGAAGAAGACAGACAGGGUACAGGAGAAGCCUGGAGAGGCCUGGGAGAACUUGCAGGGGACAGAGCACAGGCCAACCUCUCCUAGAGACCCUCCAGGAGCUAGAUUUCCUGUCGUGCGAGCCCUGCCGCCUCCAACACACCGCCACUCAGUGUCAGGAGGCCCAGAGCCUAUGGGGAGGCGGCCCUGGGGGCCUCAGGCUCUCACACCCCUGCCCCCCUACCCUGCCACCCAAAAAAUCCUCCAAGAUCCUCAGUCUGGAGAGUAUUUUGUCUUCGACUUGCCCCUGCAGGUGAAAAUCAAGACCUUCUAUGACCCAGAGACAGGCAAGUAUGUUAAAAUCUCUGUGCCCUCAUCAGAGGGGGCGUCCCCCGAGCCACCCCUGCAGGACGCUCUGGCUGCCCCUUACCUGCUGUACCCCGGCUUCCGGCCUGUGCCAGUGACGACCUUGAUGCCUGUACGGUGCUCGUCCCAGCUCUCUGCCCCUACCUUCCUCAGGCAGGGCCCCCGUGCCAGGCCCCAGAGCAUCCAUGGUGGAGGACUACAGCCAGCCCCGGGGCCUCAGGAUGACCCUACCCCUCAGGGGCCUCCGCAAAGCCUAGAGGAGGGCACAGAAGCCUCUGGCCUCAACAUCAUCUCCACCGAAGACCUAGAGGACUUUGCCACUGAAGGCAUUUCCUGAGAAUUGCAACAGACUGGAUCCCCAACCCCCCAAAACAAAACAGCUUACAGUUCUUAACAACUAAU